AUGCUGUCCGGGAUCCUCAUCUUCAACCAGAAGGGCGAAAAUCUUAUAUUUCGCUCUUUUCGCAACGACUGUCGACCACGACUCGCAGACAUCUUCCGCAUCCAGGUGAUAUCGAAUGCGCAGGUCCGAUCUCCCAUAUUGACGCUCGGCUCAACGACGUUCAGCCAUGUCAAACAUGAGAAUAUAUAUCUGGUCGCAGUUACGAAGAGCAACGCGAAUGCCGCGCUCGUGUUUGAAUUCUUGUACAAAUUAAUAAUGCUGGGGAAGGGGUACUUUGGCAAGUUUGACGAGGAAGCAGUCAAGAAUAAUUUUGUGUUGAUUUAUGAAUUGCUGGACGGUAAGCUAUGUGCCUGGCAUGGUAUACUUGGACUGAAAUGUACAAAAAUACUAACUCCGGCCUUGUGUUUAGAAAUCCUCGACUUUGGAUACCCGCAGAACACCGAGACGGAUACGCUGAAGAUGUAUAUAACUACCGAAGGAGUGAAGUCUUCCAUCGUUAACUCGGCCACCGAUUCGAGUCGUAUUACCAUGCAAGCAACCGGCGCAUUAUCGUGGCGACGAUCAGAUAUUAAGUACCGAAAGAACGAGGCUUUUGUCGACGUGAUUGAGGAUGUUAACCUUUUAAUGUCUGCCACCGGAACCGUGCUACGGGCGGACGUGAAUGGACACAUAGUCAUGCGAACAUAUCUCAGCGGAACGCCAGAAUGCAAGUUUGGCCUUAAUGAUCGGCUCUUGCUAGAUAACGAUGAUGCCAAUGGUGUGCCCGGGAAACCAAGGACAACGCGGGCUGCGGCGGGCAGCGUUACCCUUGAAGACUGCCAGUUUCAUCAAUGCGUUAAGCUAGGCCAGUUUGAUGCUGACCGAAUCAUCUCUUUCAUCCCACCCGAUGGCGAAUUUGAGCUGAUGAGAUACCGGGCAACUGAAAACGUGAACCUGCCUUUUAAGGUCCAUCCUAUUGUCCGUGAAGUAGGUACCACAAAAGUCGAAUACAGCAUUGCUAUAAAGGCAAACUAUGGCCCAAAAUUAUUUGCUACCAAUGUCGUUGUCCGGAUACCUACCCCACUUAACACAGCUAAGAUCACGGAGCGGACAACCCAGGGAAGGGCCAAGUAUGAACCGGAACAUAACAAUAUCGUCUGGAAAAUAGCGAGGUUUUCCGGUCAGAGUGAAUUUGUCCUUACGGCCGAAGCUACCUUGACCUCCAUGACCCAGCAAAAGACCUGGAGCCGGCCGCCUCUCAGCCUUGCCUUCAGCUUGCUUAUGUUCACGAGCAGUGGGUUGUUGGUGCGCUAUCUGAAGGUAUUUGAAAAGGGGAACUACAGCAGCGUGAAAUGGGUGCGAUAUAUGACACGUGCUGGAAGUUAUGAAAUACGGUAA